AUGCCAUCCAUUACAACCAUGUUCACCAUGGCCGGUUGGUUUGCAAUAUCGACAUCCAUUGGGUCAUCUGGUCCUGCUAAAUUCUGGAGUUCAUCAGCAGGAGGUCUUAUCAGUGCCCCCCUAAUUCCUGCAGGAAUCCGGUCAUUCCUGCGGAUUCCGGUGGAUUCCGGAGGAAUGAAAUUUGGCAGGGAGGCCUGCUAUUUUUGUCAUUCUGGUGCCUUACCAUUCCGGCGGAAUUUGGGCAUUCCGGAAUUGACACCGGAAUGUUCCGCAGGACUGACAGGAACGGAAUGGAACGGAAUCCGGUUCUUUGUUUGUUUAUUUUACUUCUGUUACCAAACAACGGCAACGUUACCAAACAAAUGCAAUACCCUUUCCUUUCCACCCACCACCAACCACAUUGACAACAGCGACAACGACGACAACGCCACACGACCAACAACGGCCACGACCACCCCAGCAACAAACGGCGACGACCACGGCCAGCGACGUGGCAACGAAACGGACAACGACAACGACAACGACGUGGCGCCAGCACCAUCCACGAGCGCCGACCACCAUCCACGAGCACCUCCAUCAACCAACGGCGACCAGCGCCCACCACUAUCCACGAGCGCCCACCACGCGAACGCCGCGAUGCCACGUCACCAACCAAACGAGGCCCCACGGCACCAACGAUGGCUCCAACCACGACCACCACACCAGCCAGCCACGAACAACACACCACGCACCCACCAGCACCCUCAAACAACGCCGACCAGCGCCCACUGCCACCCAGGAGUGCCCACCACCACCACGAUCAACAAACGGCGAGCAGCACCCCACCAAUGA